CUUGACACUACAACUGCUUGAAUUCCAUCAACAGCAUCGACCUUUACAGAAGUCGAGUAUCCCAGGGGCAACUUCGCUUGUUGACUAGCCGUUGUCUUCGCACGUCCAGCGACAACGACAGCGACUGCUCGGAUCUUGACAUCACAGCAUCGAACCACCUUCCGCCCACCCAACCCACAACAGUUAUGGCGAGUUCUCCUCCAGCACCCUUUCCCGCCAGCCUCCCCAACCCAAAGAAGCGACCGUCGAUGAGUUCCCAAGCCUCGGGGCCAGGAGGUUCAAAGCGGCCCAAACUCCACCCGCUCAGACAGACCUCGUUCCCCGCCCGCGAUGCCCGACAGAGUUCGGCGGUCACCAGCGCGCGAUCCGAGACAGGCAGCGUGGCCAACAGCGCCGUCUCGGGCGUCAGCAGCGGCAAGGUGCCCGGUCGAGGACGAGGCCGACCCAGGAAAUCGGCCCAGCUCAACGCCGACGACAUUCGCUCGUCGCGUCGUCAGCCUCCAGCCGACUCGGCCUCGCAGGUCGAAGGCGGCGGCGCGAGGAGCGCAACCGGCGGGCGGGGCGGCACAAAGUCAGUCGCUAGUGGCGCUGGCGGAGGAGGGGCCGACGCCGACGCCGAGGAGGAGGACGAGGUCGAGAUCGACGGCAUGCUGGAGAACAUGGACGAGCAGGAACGCAGACAGGCCGAGGAGGAAGAAAUCCGACAGGAACAGCGCCGGGAGCGCCUGGCCGACACCCUCGACCCGGACCAGUACUCGCGGUACAACCAAUGGCGGGCCCUGUCCCUCAACAACACCACGGUGAAGCGGCUCGUCAACUCGAUAGUGUCACAGUCGGUCACGUCGGCCCCGCUGCAGGCCAUCCGCAUCUACGGCAAAUGGUUCGUCGGCGAGAUCGUGGAGCGGGCGCGAGAGGUCCAAGAGGAACACGCAAGGGCCUACGAGGCGACCCGGGAGGUCGAGAAGGAGCGUCGAAGGAGGGACCUGGAGGCUCUGGAAGAGAAGCAAAAGGAAAAACAAACCCAAUCCCAGAACAACGGUGCCGGCGCCCGACCAGGGACCCCGGCGGACAUGCAGUCUCGCAUGCUCACCAGGGACAUUGAACGCUUGAAGCGAGAGGUCAAGGAGUACAUCCCUAACCCGCACCGCGGGGGACUGCUGCCGGACCACCUGCGAGAGGCCCUGCGGAGGUACAAGGCCGACGGUGAGGGCGGAGGCGUGGGUUUCCAGGGAAUGAGCCACGGUCUACUCGGUGUGCCAGGACCCACUGCUUGGAGAGUAGGCGACGGCGCCUCGGGAAGACGAUUGUUCAGAUGAUGAGAAUACGCCCUUUGCCCUGAAAGCGAUCCUCCCACGGUAUCCUUUUAUGGCGCGCUCUUACGACAUUCGCCUACUAUCGUGAGCGUUGCAAGCACUAUGUAGUUAUUAUCAUAUUUUUAAAGCGUAUACCACGAUUACCCAUAGGGUGUUUUUAAUCAAUAUCGAGGCAUUAUUACC